AUGUGGCAGUUUGGUACAGCUCCGUGGCUGCUCUUUGACCCAGUUGCUCUUGGUAGGCGCAGCGUAACUGCUGAGAGGGUCUGUGGUGGUUCAUGGUGUCCUGUGCUUUUUGCCCAGAGGUAUACUAAACCACUAACCUUUGCAGACUGCAUUAGUGAUGAAUUGCCGUUAGGAUGGGAAGAAGCUUAUGACCCUCAGGUUGGAGUAUAUUACAUAGACCACAACACCAAAACUACACAGAUAGAAGACCCUCGUGUGCAAUGGCGGCGGGAGCAGGAGCACAUGCUCAAAGACUAUCUCAUCCUGGCCCAGGAGGCGAUUGCUGCACAGAAGGAGAUCUAUCAAGUGAAGCAGCAGAGGCUUGAAUUGGCCCAGCAAGAAUAUCGGCAGCUGCAUGAUGUUUGGGAGCACAAACUGGGCUCUCAGACCAGCUGUGAGUAGCUGGUGACCUCUUACCCCAUGACUUUCUCAGCUGUGAGCCCACUAGGACUGUGAAAUGCUUGAGGCUGGUCCUCUGAUGGAGCGCUAGGAUGUGUUAUGCUUUGU